CAAGAAACAAUAGUUGACUCAGUUGCAAGAAAUUGGCCAAGAGAACAGCAAUAUGAUCGAUUGCUUAUAAAGAAAAAUAGACUUCGAGCAAGAUUAGAGGAUGCAGAAGAGGAGCUUCGUCAAAAAAGAGAAAGAAGAGUUUAUGUUGAGGGUAGAAGAAGGGAAGAGUUGAAAGAGGUAGAAGAAGAUAUGUUUGUUGAUGCGGAAGAAG